GCCAUACAAACGACGUUGCCUCGAGCUCGCGAGCCGACGUGGUGGCGCCGAAAUCUGAUACGCAGUCACAACUGGAACUUGUUAUUCCUGCAACUCCUCCUCGGAGUGCCACACAGUAUCUUUAUCUACGCAGCGGCGCUUGUGGCCUUCCUCAUCUGAGUAUCACGUGUUCCGAUCACACCCCACUCUGUCCACGCACCGAUAGAGUGCAAACUCGUGAUACCCUCUGGUGCCGCGAUCGAGGUCGCGUAUCAGAUCAUCCACGCAGGAUCGCGCUUGCACUUGGCACUGAGACCACGACGAGUGGAAGGAUUGCCUCCCGGACUUGAGCGAGUACACAGCCGACUCCUGCUUGAUUGCUGUUCCAGCCGUCUGUAAUCGAGAGCUGAGACUCAACGACAAGCUGCUGCGAUUGCUGCUGAAAAAAAAAAAAAGGAAUUCUUGCUUACCAGCAGUUCACCCAAGAACGGCGAGACAAGCUUUCAUCGGAUACAGAGACGAAAGGAGGCGACGCUUCCACCGCAGCCCGCAACAAUGGCGUUUAUGAUGCCGGUCGUGAAACAAGACUACGACAUAUACUCCGGACCUAACAGCCGGAAGAACUCAGUGUGCAGCACGAGUCCCGGCACUAACAAGUCUCGCAGCAGCAGCCGCAACAACAGCGUCUCGAGCUCGCCGACGCAAGCAGCCAUCAUCACGCCGGAAGAGGCACGCAAGAUUCUGAUACGAAGACGAAGCCGCGGCAUGUCCGAGUGUCUGCCUGACCUCAGGGAGAUCGAUGACAGCGAGGAACCGCGCCAUCAGCGUAGAAGGAGCAGUCUAGGAAAGCUGUCCUGGUCGUCCCUUCACGCCGCUCUGCAGAAGCUGAAGCCGGCUGAGCCGAAGAGCAAGUCGCAGUCAUCUGUCAACGAGGACCAGGAGUCUUGACCGUCGUACAACUUGCCCGUGCAGCAAACGGUGGUUUAUUGUGUAAAUAUGGCUUUGUACGUAGACAUUUUGUGACUGUCAAAACUGUCUCGAAUCGUGGCAGUCCCAUUUUUGUGUAUAUAUGCUUGCACUGCACGACCAGGCGUUGCCCGUGUAGUUCUUGUGGCCUUUACUUUGACGAGACAUUUAAUUUCUCUGUCAGAAUAACGUGCCAUCACAUUUUUCAUUAGCGCAGCUCACUCAGAUGUCCAUAUACCAUCGGUAAUUUCAUAGAAAGAUCUGAAAGAUGCCUAAUGUUUCUUCUUUUGUAAAUAUUGUCAAGAAACCUUUUUUAUUGUGUUGGAAAUUAGUGCAUGACUGAGUCAUUUGUACCAGGCGUUACACUGCAUUAUGUUCAUUUACUAUGCAGGCCUAACUAGGCCAACCAGCUGGGUAAUUAUCUCAAUUUAUCACAAUUUCUUAUAAUGCAUCACAACGUCACUCGUUAACGCAUUCUGUAAUCUGUUUUCUUGAUAGUUUUUUACUAGAGAACCAGGCAAAACUGAUUCAUCAUGAACAAAAAAAUUGUGCGGCUGGAUACCCAAGGUUUCAAAUGCGUUUCGUUUUAUAUCGACUUUGUGGAGGUCGUGUUUUCCAACGUGUUGCCGGCUCUAAUAUCUUGCUUCUACUUUUCGAAUAUCUGUUGCAUGCAAAACCAAAGUGUCAUGUCAUAAUAUUUUAUCUGAAAGUCUGCAACCAUAUUGUGAAUAUCGGCCAUGAUGAUGCUGAUGAGUGAAAUAAAAAUGUGGCAUCCAUUCAGCGUC